AUGUUCGAAGACUUCUCUUUCACCUCGGCGUCGUCGCGACCAGCCCGUCUCGCCCUCGACCCCGACGACCGUCUAAUGGUCGACAACGACAGCAACCUAAUCUCGCCACUCUCCUCACGCUGUCCAUCACCACAAUCCCAACGCUUCCGCAACAUCUCCCGCUCCCGCUCCUCCCACUACCACCGCAACCAACAACCCCCAACAUCCGUCCCCUUCCCCUAUGACUCAGACCACAAACGACUAUCAAUCUCAACCCUAACUCAAAAACUACACGAACACACCCUCGCCACACCUCCAACGGGAGAUAUCCAACCCCGAACCGGGAGACACACAAACACACCCGGCUCACGCCGGUACCCGGGAACAGGAUACGUCCUCACACCCCCAGACACAGACCACUCGGACGACUCCGGUGUCGGCGAAUGUCUCUCUUCACCAUCCGCCUCCUCAACAACAAGUCCAACUUUCAUGCCCCCAGACCUCCUCUCCGACCUACCGGAUUUUGGUCUCGGUCACCCCUUCUACCCACAACCCCAUCCCUACCACCAAGAUGUCCGCAUGCAGCGUCAGCAGAUCUCAAGACUCCAAUGCAACGAGUCUGAAGUCGAAGCUAUGCAGCGCUCGCUACUAGACGAACAACCUGCUACACCGGACUUCUGCGACGAAGACGAUUGUCAUCCUAGCUCGUUGCCGCCCCGGUCGUCGCCUCGACGGAGGGCGGUUACGCUUGCGCGCAGCCGGUUUGGGCCUGAGGGGGGUGGUGAGGGGAGGGCGAGGAGGAAGAGUUCUUCGGCGGGGGUUUUGGCGAGUCGGGUUGAGAAGAGUCAUUAUGGUGGGUUUGGGAAGAGGAAUGAGCAGGGGCUUCGGAGGAAGAGUCUUGUUAGUGCGGCUUUGGCUUCGAUGGUUGAGAGGGAGGAUGAGAGGGAUGAUUAUUGA